AACAACUUUGUUUCUCGGCCAUCAAUCUUGUUUCUCUCUCUUAACCCAAAAUCGCUGUAACAGCUAACGAAACCCCUACAACUAACAUACACAUAUUUCUUGUUGGUUGCUGUUUGCCCCUCUCAUUCUAUCAUGCUUUUUUAAAAGAAUGUCCUCCUUCUCUCCCCACCCUCUCCCGCUAGGCAUCUGACCAGAGAUUUUGUGUUGUGUGUUGUUAUUGCAACUUUAAUGGCCCACCAUACCACACGAGAUUUCUUCUCUGGUCCCCUCCUUUCCGGCCCUGCCUCCACUGCCAUUGAUCCUGCCGAGACUGACCUCACCUGGCCAUUUGGCGACCUCAUUAGUCUCGACCGCGACGACAUCCGAGAGACUGCAUAUGAAGUCUUCUUUACAGCUUGUAGAUCAUCCCCCGGAUUUGGCGGUGGAAAGAAUGCCAUUGCGUUUCACUCUACCCACCAUCAUCUUCAUGAUAUUGGAGAUAGUGGAGGAUCUAGGUCGCCAUCGAGGUCAGGUUCAGGGUCUUCCAGUGGUGGGCGGGUGGCCGGCGGGCCAGUAGUCGUGAUGACCCCAACGAGUAGGAUAAAACAGGCUCUAGGGCUAAAGAUGCUAAAGAGGUCGCCGUCUAGGAGAAUGUCUAGUGUGGUUAGUGGUGGGGGCGGAGGAGGCGGUGUGGGGUCAGCACCAGGGUCUCCAAAAGUGCCACUGCUUCAGAGUGGAGGAUAUAGUCCGAUUUCGACGUUUACUACUGUGCCAGCAUCAAGGGCAAGGCGGCCUUUAACUUCGGCAGAGAUAAUGAGACUACAGAUGAGGGUGACAGAACAAAGUGAUAAUCGAUUGAGAAAGACGCUGAUGAGGACUCUAGUUGGCCAAAUGGGAAGGAGAGCAGAGACGAUAAUCCUGCCAUUGGAGCUGCUCCGCCACCUUAAACCAGCAGAAUUCAAUGAUAUGCACGAGUAUCAUCUUUGGCAAAGGCGUCAGCUCAAAAUCUUGGAGGCCGGCCUCCUCCUCCACCCAGCAAUCCCACUAGAAAAAUCUAAUUCCUAUGCUAUGCGUCUUCGAGAAAUUAUCCGUGCCAGCGAUGUGAAACCCAUUGACACAAGCAAAAAUUCUGAUACCAUGAGAACCUUGUGCAAUAGUGUUGUUACCUUGUCUUGGCGGAGCCCAACCGAUGCGCCUACCGAUGUCUGCCAUUGGGCUGAUGGCUUUCCUCUCAACCUUCACUUUUACACAUGCCUACUUCAAUCGAUUUUUGACUUCAGGGAUGAGACAUUAGUCCUUGAUGAGGUUGAUGAGCUUGUGGAGUUGAUGAAGAAGACAUGGUCUAUCCUAGGAAUCAAUAGAUCAAUACACAAUCUCUGCUUUACUUGGGUGCUUUUCCAACAAUAUGUAUUGACUUCUCAAACAGAGCCUGAUUUGCUCUAUGCUGCGCAUGCUAUGUUGUCUACGGAGGUAGCUAAUGAUGCAAAGAAGCCAGACAGAGAGGCAAUCUAUGUUAAGCUUUUGUCUUCUAUGUUGGCUUCGAUGCAAGGGUGGGCAGAGAGGAGAUUGCUUCAUUACCAUGACUAUUUCCAGAGGGGAAAUGUUUUCUUGAUUGAGAAUCUUUUGCCUUUGGCUUUAUCAGCAUCAAAGAUUUUAGGCGAGGAUGUCACUCUCAUUGAAGGAACAGGGAAAGAAGACAGGAAAAUAGUUGAUUCGUCAGGAGAUCGAGUGGAUCAUUACAUUCGAGCUUCUAUAAAGAACGCAUUUGCAAGGGUAAUAGAAACUGGAAGCUAUAAGAGUACGAGUGUGGAAGUGAAAGAUGAGGCCAGCGAGGCUCUUCUCCAAUUAGCUAAAGAAACAGAGGAUUUGGCCUUGAGAGAAAGGGAAAGUUUUAGUCCAAUACUGAAGAAAUGGCAACCAAUUGCAGCCAGUGUUGCAGCUGUAACGCUACACCAUUGCUAUGGAGCAGUGUUGAAGCAGUAUCUUGCUGGGAUGUCCACUCUCAAUAGCGAGUCUGUUGAAGUAUUGCAGAGGGCUGGAAAGCUGGAAAAAUUUUUGGUUCAAAUGGUGGUUGGAGACUCAGCAGACUGUGAAGAUGGAGGCAAAACAAUCGUGCGAGAGAUGGCUCCAUAUGAAGUUGAUUCAGUCAUAAUGAGGGUCAUGAGACAAUGGAUUGAUGAAAAGAUGAAAAGAGGGAGAGAAUGUUUUCUCCGAGUGAGAGAUUCUGAAACAUGGAAUCCUAAGUCUAAAAAUGAGCCAUAUGCACAGUCAAUUGUGGAGUUGAUGAAAGUGGCCAAGGAAAUGGUCGAAGAAUUCUUUGAAAUUCCCGUUGGAGUCACUGAUGAUCUCAUUUGUGAUCUUGCUGAAGGUUUAGAGCAUCUCUUCCUAGAAUACAUCAAAUUUGUAGAAGCUUGUGGCUCAAAACAGAGCUAUGUCCCCACUCUACCUCCUUUAACACGAUGCAACCGCGACUCUAAGUUCUUUAAGCUGUGGAAGAAAGCUACUCCAUGCAGUGUUACCACAGAAGAAAUGCACCGACAUGGAUUAGCAGAAGCUCACCAUCCAAGGCCAUCAACAAGCCGGGGAACACAACGCCUUUACAUUCGACUCAACACUCUACAUUAUCUUCUUUCUCACCUCCAUUCUUUAGACAAGACCCUUGCCCUUGCUCCAAGAACUGUUUCUUCAGCUCGUACUCGUCAUGCUAGCCAACGCAAGAACCGUUCCACUUCCUCUUCUUACUUUGAAGUAGCCUAUUCAUCCAUUCAAUCUGUUUGUCAACGUGUAUCAGAAGUCGCUGCAUAUCGUUUGAUCUUCCUGGACUCUAAUUCAGUAUUCUAUGAAACUCUCUAUGUGGGCGAUGUAGCAAAUGCCCGGAUUAGGCCUGCUUUGAGAACCCUGAAGCAGAAUCUUACUCUUCUGACAGCUAUUCUUACAGACAGAGCUCAGGCUUUGGCAAUGAGAGAAGUAAUGAGGGCGACUUUUGAGGCCUACCUCAUGGUUUUGCUUGCAGGAGGUUGCUCCCGAGUGUUUCAUCGGUCUGAUCAUCCAGUGAUUCAAGAAGAUUUUGAGAAUCUGAAGCGUGUUUUUUGCACAUGUGCUGAAGGAUUGAUGGAUGAGGAGGUGGUGGAGAGGGAGGCUGACAUAGUUGAAGGGGUAAUAACGUUGAUGGGUGAAUGUACAGAGCAGCUAAUGGAAGAUUUCAGCAUUGUGACUUGUGAAACAAGCGGUAUAGGAGUUGUGGGUACAGGGCAAAAAUUACCAAUGCCACCAACAACAGGAAGGUGGAAUAGAGCAGACCCAAACACAAUAUUAAGAGUGUUAUGCCACAGAAAUGAUAAAGCAGCAAAUCAGUUCUUGAAGAAAACUUUCCAAUUGGCAAAGAGGAAAUGAAAGAAUAUGAUAAUUUUGACCUCUUGUAAGUUGCACUUUCGGUCGUGUAAUCAAAAUGAACUUCAAAAAAGGAAUUUUGAGAGAGCUAUCGAAACAGGAUUCAGUUAAAUGCUAUAUCAAGAUCUGACAGGGAGGUGGUGGUUGAGAGAUUAUUGGCCUAAGUUCUUUGUAGAGCUAGGAACUGUUAGCAGUAAAUAUAUGCUUUGAAAAAGCUUUUUAUUAGAAGCCUGAAAAAGAAGUCAUGUGCAGAUUGAUUUCUUUCUUUCUUUUAUUUUUUCAUUUGUUAAUUUAAUUUUCUAUUUUUUUUGUACUUAGGCCAUGAAAUAGAGAGAAAGGGGGAAAUUCAUCUUGUAAUUUGAUUCGACCUCAAUAAUACCUAAUUUUACCA